UAUGUUGGAGUCUUUUGUUCUACCGCACACGUCACGGCAGCAGAGCCAAGCUGCAGGUGACGCGCUGUGCGGAGCCGCAGCUGCUGCUCGUGCCUCCUCUGUCCGGCUGCGGGACUCUCUGUGACCGCAUCAGCCCCGCACAUCUCCUGCUUCACCACCGGAGGGAACAUGAUGUCGACGACAGCCGAUCCGCCGCAAUGAGCGCCUCCUUCCCCAAAUCUGAAUCCACCACCUCCUUGUUGAAAUCCUCCGCGGCGGCGAGGAGACCUCCGCGCCUCCCUGAGCCCGCCUCAGGGGUCCGGAGGGGUCCGCAUCCCCACCAGCACCACCACCGUCCCGCCGCGCUGCAGACCACCAGUAAACCUGGCGAGGCUUCCUGGUCGGCUGAGGGCGACGUCAGUGCGCGGAGACCCCUGUGCCACCCCUCCCUCGUCGGGAGUCCGGAGAACAUCGCAGCCACCCGGGGCAAGUCCAAGUCCCAGCACCGCGUCCCCCCCUGCCCAGUCCCCGGUCCGCCUGCGUGCAACGGAGAGGCAGGCCGAGGAGGCGCGAGCGAGCGCUGCAGGACAUCCAAACCCACGCACCACCACCACCACCACCACCACC